AUGAAGCGAGCGGCUUUAAUUCUCGCUAUAUUUUGCGUCUUCCGUUUGGCAGCAGCGCAGCAGCAGGCAUGCCCCAAUGUCGGUGGUUACGCGUUUUACCGACUUCAAGAAGUUUCGGGCGCAUAUACUAUUAAGACGGUGUCAGCAAAGAACCCUGUGGACAUCGCGGCUUCCUGCAGCAGCACGCCGGCCUGCAACGCAUUUGACACCACAGGAGCCCUCAAGAUCGUUCCAAUGGCGCCGAUCUUCUCCGUUUUGGACCCCAGUGCUGCGGAUGUGUCCGACUGCGAUGGAAUAUAUGUUGCACGCCGUACGCUGACUGGGCUGGUUUUGCCGGACGGCGUGAACGCAAAUACGAUGCGCGAGGCGGGUGCUAAGAAAUUUGUGGAAAUGCAGACCCUCAAAACUGUCACGUCAAAGGUGGCUGCGUCGCUGGCUGCGAAGGGCCUGAACCCACGCACGGCAAAAACUUUGCCGAAGGCAACAGUGCUCCAGGCCUUCAAAGAUGCCAAAGUACCCCUCGCCCAGUCGAGCAGCACGGGUGGAAACUACACAUACAACGACGUUUUGGCAGCCCUGACAUAUCCUGUUUGGGAUUCCCGGACAGCCAACGACACGUCAUAUAACUAUAUUAGCUCUGUCAAGGAUCAGGGCGGCUGUGGCUCGUGCGUCGCCUUCGCUGCAACUGCUGCAGCAGAGGCUGCUGUCGCUACCGGGAACAACACUUUGGUGAACACAUAUGAUUUCUCUGAGCAGUGGCUGUUUUUCUGCAACGGCUUGUACACCCCCUCUUGCUCCACGGGCUGGUAUGCCAACCAGGCUGCCGACGUCAUCGUUAAGAAAAAUAUGCCAUACGAGAAAAACUAUCCUUACAUUCAAUCGCCCAGUUGCACAUUGAUGUCGCCUCCUGAGCAGCGCGCUGGGGGCAACUUUUCCCGCUUUGUCUACCUAGACAUUAGCAUGGCAAAGGAUCACAUCCGUACGAGUGGCGCUGUCAUGACGUACUUUGCUGUGUACAACGACUUCUUCUACUGGUCUGCCACCUUAACGCCGUACGUCUGGGACGGUGUGAGCCCUCUGGCUGGUUACCACCAGGUUGUGACCAUCGGCUACAACGACACAGGGUCGUACUGGAUUGCCAAGAACAGCUGGGGCACCGGUUGGGGCGAUAAUGGCUUCUUCCGCAUCUCUUACAGUGCGAAUGUCGGCUUCAUGUCGGGAUCUGGGGACAACAUCAUCGGCCUCCGUUGGGCACCCUCCUCUGUGCCCCCAUCGCCUCCGCCGCCUGCCCCGGUUGUGUGCGGUGAUGGAACCUGCUCUACGGGCGAGACGUGCUCCUCGUGUGCUGCGGAUUGCGGAGCGUGCGUUGUGUGUGGAGACGGAUUUUGCUCAGGCGGUGAGACCUGCCUUACAUGCCAGGCGGACUGCGGUACGCGCCUCAGCAACGGUACUUUGACAUGCUGCGGGGACGGCGUGUGUAAUGCUGCGGACGGAGAGACCUGCGCCAGCUGCCCAGGCGACUGUGGCGUCUGCUCCACUUGCAACCGGAAUGGCAUUUGCGAGCCGGCGCUGGGCGAGAAGUGCGCCAGCGGCACCAGUGGCUGCACGGAUUGCGGUUCUUGCAGCAGUACCUAUUGCGGUGAUGGCAAGUGCACCAGCGCCAGGAAAGGUUACACUGAAUCGUGUGGAACCUGCUCCCUGGACUGCGGUGGCUGUUCAGAUCCGCUGUUCUGCGGAGACGGUAUUUGCAGCAGCAGCCGCGGGGAGACGACUGGCACCUGCUCCCGUGACUGUAGCAAGACUAUGAAGACUCGCGUGCUUCCUGGCGUUUCUGCGGCUGCCACUAGCAACGGUAAUGCCGGCCGCCGAGCGCUGAGCAGCUGAGUAUGCCAUGGCUCCGCCAGCUUCCCUUUCGCUGCGAGAGUGAAGAGGAACGACUUGCAGUUGGCUACGGUUGCCGUGCGUACCAGUGUACUGCGGCACCGGGGAGCGAAAUUAAUUCGGCUUCAUGCGAGUGAUUUUAAUACUCCAAUUCAUGCAUCACGUGAGGCUCAGUCGGCCGGGCGAACUGGCAAUAAGUAUAUGUAUCAUGGCAGCAGGUAUGAAAAAUUCAUGCUAUGGAUUAAUGAGACCGAUCGGCCCUAGUGAUUGAUGUCAUGUGCGUGACCCUCGCAGCCUGUUGCCCUUUGGGUUAAUUUGCUGCCAUUAGUCGAUAAUUAAAUCCGGAUGUUGAGUUUGUCUUAGCUAGUGGGUGGCGUCCGUGGGCAUGGGUA